GAGUGCUAGAGAGAGAGAGAGAGAGAGAGAGAAAGAGAGAAAGCAAGCAGAAGGAUUUGACAACACACGAAGUGAAAGAACUCUUUUGGACAAUUUAACACGACUGAAUCUGCGUGUUUGUUUGUUUUUCUCCGAGCAGCGCGUGACUCCGGGUGUUGUUUACUGCUGUCUUUACUAAAAAACUGCCUGUUUUCCGAGAGCGAAUUAUUUAUUAAACAUGGCUCAUAAACUGCUAUCCGGCUUCACCAUCGGCUUCUUAUUUGUUUUAGGCUGUCUGACUGCAGUGCAUGCUGUAAUAUUUGAAGUAAAGAAUGGAAAUUCAACUUGUAUAAAAGCAGAUAUCUCAGCUAACUUUACCAUAACGUACCCCAUCGUCAACGGCACGAGCUCUGUGGUUGUGCCGCUUCCAGUAACAGCAGUAGUGGGAAAUGGCAGUUCCUGCGGAGAAGCAGGAGUUUCCCCGGACCUGCUGGCCUCCUUCGGUGAUGGUCACUCUCUGCGCCUCGUGUUCACCAGCAACAACCUCGUAUAUCGUGUGGCCAACCUUACGCUGAGCUACAACCUGAGUGACACCACCACCUUUCCUAAUUCCUCCAGCAAGGAGAUUGUGGUGUUGAGUACAAACAACUCUCAGAUCUCUGCAAAGCUCAACACCACCUACAGGUGUUUGAGCUCCAGCUCAGUCAGGCUGGGAAGCUCUGGAGCGACAGUCACGUUCUUCAACAUCCGCAUGCAAGCCUACAUGCCCAGCUCCAACCUGAGCACUGACGAGACCGUUUGUUCAGCUGAUAUUCCUACCACCACUAUUGCACCUAUUACCACCCCUGUCCCCCCGACCACCCCUGUCGUCCCGACCAACCCCGAGCGUGGCAACUACAGUGUUGAUAACUCCAACGGCACGGUCUGUCUUCUUGCCAGAAUGGGGCUGCAGCUGAAUGUAACAUAUUUCUCCAAAUCUCAGAAUAAAACGAUCGUGAAAAUAAGUAACUUGGACCCCAAGAGUACGUCUUUCUCAGGGACGUGUGAAUCCACGACUGCUACUCUGCUGCUGACUGGAAAUCACACCAACCUCACCUUCACUUUCUCACUGAACUCCACCACCAAAAUAUAUCAGCUCAGCGCUUUGAACUUGUCAGCCAGCUGGGAAGAUAUGGCAGCUCAAUUCAUUGUCAGCAACAGCAGUCUUCAGUACAUGCAGGGAACUAUGGGCCGCUCCUACAUGUGCAGCGUUGAGGAGGUUCUUCCCGUGGUCAGCACUUUCAGCCUCAACACCUUUGACCUGCAGGUUCAGCCUUUCGGCAUCCACGACAACCAGUUUGGACCAGUUGACAUGUGUCGAAUGCAGAAGGACAACAUGCUGGUGCCCAUCAUUGUCGGUGCUUGCCUGGCUGGCCUCAUCCUCAUAGUCCUCGUUGCCUACUUGAUCGGCAGGAAGAGGAGUCACGCGGGCUACCAGACCAUCUAAACCACUACUAUCUGACUAGGGCUAUACUGUGUGUGUGAGCUUGAGUACUGUUUGUUUCCAGGGUUGUUAAACCUUUACUUUCAUUCAUUCACUCCACUACCUUUUUAAAUCCAUAAGAAAAAAAGGCCACUUGAAUAUUACUGCGUCUCUAUUGCACCGGCCAAGUCACUGACAGACCCACUGACUGACUGACAAACCCACUGACUGACCCGCUGACUGACUGACUGACCCGCUGACUGACUGACUGACUGACUGACCCGCUGACUGACUGACUGACGGACAGACCCACUGACUGACUGACAGACCCGCUGACAGACCCACUGAGUGAUUGACAGACCCAUUGAUUUGACUCUAGAUUUGCAGGAGUGACACCUGUACAGUAGGUGGCACUCUAAACCCAAAAUAUGGGCCAGUAAUUCCACAUUAAUGUGUUGUCCAUCUGGUUACACCCCAGACCCUACACCCUAAUUGCCCCCCAUACCUAUAACCCCUAGUCCCCUUUCAAUACCCCUGACUCCUCCUUUUGGGAUUAGUUAAUGCCGUGACUAACACUUACAUAACUACUUCCUCUUACAUUUUCCUUCUCUGACUAAGAAAAACCAAAGAAAACACCAGGAAAAGUCUCUUCAUCUCCAAGUUCAGCACAUGCCGUCUUGUUAACACUCAGACCAUCAACAUACCAUAAUCCAUCUACACAGACAUGUUAGUUGGGUAAAUCUCUAGCACUGACUUUACAGUGUGCUGUUUUGAGAAUGAAAAGACAUCACGAUCAUGUUAGCUGGCUAGCUUUUAUGGCUACAUCUGUGUUUUUGUUUUGUUUUGUUUCUCCCCUUGAACGUGUCAACUCCUGUCUACUUCUGAACCGAGUGCAGUGUAAUACUUCAUAAUUCAGAUGCAGAACGCUGAUUGGACGGUUGAGACAGCAGUCUCUGGAUGGUAGCAGUGAAUUUCAAUCGGUAGGAUAUUUGCCUAGAGCUUUCACUCAUUUGCUGUGGUUGCCAUGGUGAUGAAGUGGCUAGUUUUCACGAUUGAGAGCUUUCAGAUGUAGCUGAGCUUUAGCAGCGUACGAGCUAGGGGGGAAAAAAAAAAAACCAAACGAUUCAGCACAAAGUGGCUCCAUCUGAAGUUGAAGCUGGGAGAUAACUAGGUGGAAGUAAGAGGCAUGUGAAGGAUUCGGGGUUAAACUGUGACAAUAUUUAUCUUAUAUGUUUACCAACUGGACAGUAACCUCCACUUUUGCUUUUAGCUAGCUAGCUUGCAUGUUCUCGACAGUGAUGCUACGCACAUUCAUACAGAAGAUUUUCAACAUGGACAUCGAAACAGAACACACACAGUGUUUAAAGUUCAAGCGAAAAGAUUCUCUGAACAACUGGAAAAAACUUAUACCGAGCAUGAACGCAUGAAGGACUUUGGAUAACAAUUUGGCUAAUUAGCUCAUAGCUUUCAUGCAUACCGUAGGAUGGUUGAAAUUGAAUUCGAAACAAAGCUGUUGGGAAUUUUAACAUUUUCCUCUAUAUAAAAUGACAGUAGUGUAACACACAGCACCAACCACCAGCUAAGAGUGGGCUGAUGUGUGAAUUCACCCCAUUUAUUUUAAUAAUAAUAAUAAUAAUAAUAGUAGUAAUAAUAAUAAUAAUAAAAUUCCAGCCUCCUGUUAAAGAUUUGCGAAGCUCACAGGAACAUCUUGGAGUCUUGAUUAGUGAAGGAGGUCUAGCAAAAUAUUUGGGUUGUUAUUGAUUGAUUAUUUUAUUGAUCACUAUCAUGAAUGAACUCUUUGUUCAAACAUCAACUCACUAUAGUGGUCAUGUUUUUGUCAUAAUUACUAUUGUUGGUUAAGGCCCAAGUGUCACCACUCUGGAAGAUCCAGAGAAAUGCAGAUUAUGAUUUCAUGGCACAGAUGUAAAGAGAUUACUGGGUGGGGAUGUGACCUGAUAUGAGCUCUGACCCACCAGAGAAAACUGGGAGAACGAACUGUACGAGAUUUUGAGAGAACAGAAAGAGAGACUCUGAUACCAGGUUUGAAGGAUAACGGUAUCAGAUGAAGAAAGCCUUAGAAGCUCAGGUUAAAUAAUUGAUGCACUUGCCUCCUCUUUUCUCCCAGUUAGCGAUCAUGAAUUCGGGCUUGGAUUCGAUUCUCGCCGUCUUUUUUUUUUUUUUUGUUGCUUUUUUUUCCACAAAGAAAUAGAAAAAACGUUUCCAGGUCGGUGUAAGAAAUGUACGCUAACUUGAACGCUCUGAACGUGAUUUAGAAAACAUUUUUGUAAGCAAAGUGCAUAGUGACAGCGAUUUGAAACCUAAAUAUUGGUAAAUAUUAACACACACCUCCUCUGAUUCAGCAUCCAGAAGCCGUUACACAGACCAAAGAGAGCUGGAUGUGUAUUCAAUCCUUCAGAUCAUCGUAAUUUGAACGGCGAAGGGUUUAUUUUUCCAUUUAAAUAUUCUUUCCUCUUUUGAUAUUUGCUUUUUUUUUUUGCUCGUUUUUUUUUUUUUUUUAAUUCAUUCAUUUUAAGUUUCUGGGAUUCCAUUAAAAAAGGGAAAACCGUGAUCUUCUGUACAAACCUGUUAUCUUGACGUUCUCACCCGCUGAUGCUCCUUAAGGCUGCAGUUUCUCUAAUGACCUAAAAUGUAGGUUUUUCACAAAGCAAACUGAAUUAUAACUCAAAGCUUCAAGUUUAAUGUUUUUAUUUUAUUUUUUUCAGUAAACAGUAAAUGAAAGCCGUGCAGCUCCUGGAGCAGAACCCAACUCGAGACACUUUGUAAAGGGGAGAAGUUUGAUAAUGCGGGUUGUAGCAGCUGUACAGAACACUGAGGGAUCUGAAAUUAUCUCCAGGGAUAUAAUCGUCCUUUCGAGCACAUAAUGAAACCUUUCUCGGUGAAAAAUUGAACAGGACAGAAGCAUCGAGAUUUCAUUGCAUGUGUUUGCAGUUUCCGAUUAAAAUUUUCCUUCGUUGUUUGCUGUACAGCCGAAUUUACUCUUCUUUUUUUUUUCCAAAUAUGUCGCUUUGUCUAAUCUCUUCUGAUUGAAGGUUUGCUCAUAUAUAUUUGCAGUGAUCUGAUCUUUUAUUUUUGUAGAGAACAUUUUUAAUGCGUGGUGAAGCCAAUAAAAGAAAUAAAUACUUUA